UUUCUUCAUCAACCAAAGAACCCGACUAUCCCAUUUCUCAUUCAUUGUCAUUCUUAAUGGGGAAACGAAUUCAUUUCAUCCCAAUUCUUGUUUUAAUUGCUUUCGUGUCGUUGGUUGGCUCGAUGGCUGCAACCCUAGUUCCAAGCCGAGGUACGCAUGUCGGGUUCUACUCGACGACAUGCCCACAAGUCGAGGCUAUUGUUAGAGCAACUGUGAAGUCUCAUUUUCAAUUAGAUCCAACGGUGGCUCCUGGGUUAUUGAGAAUGCACUUCCACGACUGCUUUGUACGAGGAUGUGAUGCUUCUGUGCUCCUUGUCGGUCCGAGAACCGAGAGAGCAGCACCGCCCAACCUCUCUUUAAAUGGGUUUGAGGUUAUUAACGAUGCUAAAUCUCGCCUCGAACGUGCUUGUCCUGGUGUUGUCUCUUGUGCUGAUAUUCUUGCCCUAGCUGCUCGUGACUCGGUGGUUUUGACAAAAGGAGUGAGUUGGGGAGUGCCGACAGGACGUAGAGAUGGAAGGGUUUCGUUGGCUUUGGAGGCUAACAAUGCUCUACCUAAGGUCAAUGAUACCAUUCAAACUCAAAGGAAGUUAUUUAAGAGCAAAGGUCUCAAUAUUCAAGAUCUUGUCACUCUAGUUGGUGCACAUACGAUUGGAACCACCGCAUGUAGCGUUUUCAAAUAUAGGCUCUACAAUUUCAGCACCACAAGGAAUGGUGCAGAUCCAGCCAUGAACCCAUCCUUUGUUCAUCAGCUACGAACACUUUGCCCCAAAAAUGGAGAAGGCUCACCCAAUAUUGGACUCGACAUAAGCACUCCCAACCAAUUUGACACAUCUUUCUUCUCAAACUUGAGGAAUGGGCGUGGGGUCUUGGAGUCUGAUCAGAAGCUGUGGAACGAUCCCUCGACUCGGGCUUUCGUUCGACGUUUCUUGCUCAAAGGUUCGUUGGGUUUGAACUUCGACCUCGAGUUUGGGAAAUCUAUGGUUAAGAUGAGCAACAUUGGAGUCAAGACGGGAACUCGAGGUGAAAUUCGGAAGAUUUGCACUAUGGUUAACUAGUGUUUCUUAUGCCAUAUGUGUUUUGGGUUUGUUGUCUUCAUUGUUUUUGGUAUUUAUUGGUAUAGAUUUGUAAAUUAAGGUUUUUUAUUUUUUUGUCGAAUAAAGGUAAGUAGUGAAGUUUU